AUAGUGUUGUAUAGAAAUGAGUGAAAGUGAAGAAGAGAGUAUGUUAGUAAGUUAUAUAAGAUUUAUAAUUAGUCAGAAGAUAUAGAAUAAGAUGAGGAAGAGUAAUAUGCAUAAAAAGAAGUAUGAUUAAUUUAGGAUCAUAAAUAGUUAUUGCGAAUUGAUGAUUUAAAGAGAGAUUAAGAAAAGUUUUUGUAUAAAUUAAGUUGUGAGAAGCCAUUGAAAAAGAGUAGUACGUUAAGAGAAGAAAUAAAGGAUUAAUAAGUAAGUGAUAAAUUAUCAAUAUUAUUUGAUGAAGUGGAGGAAGAAAUGGAUAGUUUGAUUUCAAAAGCUCAAUAAUAUGUGUAAUACAUAAAUAAGAAGUAAGGGGAAGAGAACUGUAGUUUUCCAAAUACAUAUUUGAAGACUUAGCCAAGUAUUUUGAAAAAAGGAAAUUUGACAGUCCAUUAAUUAUAAGGAUUGAAUUGGUUGAUUGGAAUGUAAGAAGCAGGAUUAAAUGGUAUAUUAGCAGAUUAAAUGGGAUUGGGUAAAACAAUAUAGACAAUUGCACUUUUUGGUUUUAUGAAGUAGUUCAAGAAUAUAUCUGGACCACAUUUAAUAGUAGGUCCAUUAAGUACAGUAUCUAAUUGGGAAAGAGAGAUUUCAGAAUGGUUACCAAAAUGUAGAGUAUUGAAAAUGAUGGCAACAUAAGAAUGGAGACAGGAUUUUAACAAUUAUCAAUAAACAAAGGAAUAUGAUGUUAUUGUAGCAUCAUAUGAAUGUGUAAUUAAUAAUGAAAGAAUACUUAAAAGAUAUAGAUAUGAAUACUUAGUUAUAGAUGAAGCACAUAAAUUGAAGAAUGAAGAGAGUUUAUUCUUUACAACAUUAAAAAGACUUAGUUCUAGAUUUAGGCUGUUAUUGACAGGUACUCCUUUAUAAAACAAUCCUCAUGAAUUAUGGAGUUUGUUGAACUAUUUAAUGCCUUAACUCUUUGCAUCAAGUGAAGCAUUUGAUUAAUGGUUCAAUAUCAAUAGACUUAUCUCAGAAAAAGAAAUCUUAUAAGAAAAAUUUGAGAAAAGAAAUUUAAAUAUGAUAGACAAGGCUAAAUCUAUUAUUUAAGCAUUUAUGUUAAGAAGAACUAAAUAAGAAGUAGAUUUAGGUAUUCCACCUAAAAAGGAAAUCCAUCUUUAUGUUCAGUUGACACCUUUAUAAAAGACUCAUUAUAGAAAUAUUAUUUUAAACAAAAAAGUUGUUGGAAUUGCAACCUAAAAAUCAUUAAUGAAUAUUUUAAUUCAAUUGAGAAAAAUCUGUUAACAUCUAUACAUGUUUCCAGAAUUAGAAGAUAGAGAUUUACCAUCUUUGGGAGAACAUAUAAUCGAAAAUUCAGGAAAACUAAAAGUUUUAGAUAUGUUUUUAAAAAAACUAUUUAAUGAAAAUCAUAAAGUCUUAUUGUUCUCUUAAUUUACAACUUUAUUAGAUAUUUUAGAAGAUUAUUUAAAUUAUAGAAAAUAUAAAUAUUGUAGAUUAGAUGGCAGUACACCUAUUGAAGUGAGGGAUGAAAAUAUUAGAAAUUUUCAGAAACCAAAUUCAGAUUUGUUUAUAUUUUUAUUGUCUACUAGAGCUGGAGGUUUAGGAAUUAAUUUAACAGCAGCAGAUACUGUUAUUAUUUAUGAUAGCGAUUUUAAUCCUUAAAUAGAUCAAUAAGCUAUGGAUAGAGCUCAUAGAAUUGGAUAAACUAAAAAUGUUAUGGUUUAUAGAUUGAUAUGUAAAUCUACUGUUGAAGAAAAGAUUAUUGAAAGAUAAUAAAUUAAAUUAAGAUGGGAAUAAAUGGUUAUUGAUAAAGGACAUUCUUAAAUGGUUGGAAUUAUGAAUAAAAAAGAAGAUUUAAAAAGUAUUGCUACUUAUGGAGCUAGUUAAAUUUUGAAAGAUGAACCAUAUACUGAAGAAGAUAUUGAAACUCUAUUGAAAAGAGGAGAAGAACUUACAGAAUAAUUAAAUUAAUAAAUUGAUAAAAAAUUUAAAGUUAUCUAAGAUAAAAUUGAUAAAGUAGAAUUAGGAGUUAAAACUAUUAAAGUUUUUGAUUUCUUUAAAGAUCCUAAUAAUGAAAAAGAUAUUUAAGUAAUAGAAUAAUAAAUUAAAUUAAAUUAAGUCAAUAAAUAAGCUGAAUAAUCAAAUAAAAGUGAAGUAUUACCAUUGUUUUCUAAAUUCUGUUCUGAAGUUGAUGUCGAAGCGUAUAAAUUCUAUUCUGAUCCAUAAUAGUAUAAGGAAUUGAUGUAAAGAGAUGAAAAUGCUAAACUUUAUGAACUAUAUAAAUAAAAGUAAUUAGAUUUUCAAUUAGAUAUUGAAAUACUACCUUUAACUUAAAUGGAAGAGAAAUAAUUAAAUAAAUUAAAACAAAAUAGCUUUGAAUGGAGUUAAAAGGAAUUUGAUUUAUUCUUACAAUCUUGUAUAAAAUAUGGUCGAAAAGAUUUAUUCAAUAUUUCUCAAUGUUUGGGUAAAACGCAGAAAGAAGUUUAAUAAUAUAUGAAAGUUUUUAAUUAAAGAUACGAAGAAAUACCAGACAUUAAUAAAUAUAUGAUUAAAAUUGAAAAGACUGAAUAAUAAUUGGAAUAAGAAUAAGAGUAUUCUGAUCUUCUAGUAUAAUAUAUCAAAAUUUAUGAUGAUCCAUUGUUUGAAAUGAAUUUUAAUUAAAUUUAUAAAAAUACCUAUUUCACUUUAGAGAGUGAUUAACUAAUUGUAUAUGCAGCAUAUAUUGAAGGAUUUGGAAAAUGGGAUUAAAUAUAAAAAUACAUUGUAAAUCACGAGUUUAGCUUUUUUAAUAAUUAUUUAAGGUUUCUAUAUUAUUUAUUAUUAUAAUAGAUCCUUAAGUAAAAAGUCAAUAAAAUUAAGAUUACUGUUCUUAUUAAAGAGCGUAAAAAAAAUAGUUGAUUCUAAGAAUUAAAAAGCUAAGAAAUUAGAAUAAAUGAAGAUUAAGUAAAAUGAGGAAGCAAAAGAGUAAGAUAGCAUGAAACAAUCAAAAUCAAGAUCGAAUUCAAAAAAUAAGAAGAAAAAAAAAAGUAAAUCAGUAAGAAGAGUGACUUAAUCGAAAAAGAAGAAAACAAAGAGCCCCAAACCUAUAAGUAGUGUGAAAUCAAAAUCAAUAGAUAAAUCCAUAAAAUAAAUGGGCAAAUAAAUACUGAAAAAAUGAC